AUGUCGAAGGUUUAUAAACGAAGUGAUUUCACUGCUGCAGUUCAUGCUGGUGAUACAAAGAAAUUAAAAAUUCUUUUGAGAUCGUCAAAACUCUCUAGCAUCCCUGGGCUUUCUCCAAGUAGACUAGUGACGCUCGCUCUUCGACACAGACAACAAAAAGUAGCAAAAUUACUUUUAAAAAGAAAAUUCGAAAUAAAAAACCAAAGUAAUCGUUCAGCGAAUACACCUCUACACUACGCAGCGAAAUUGGGAGACUUAAAAUUGGUGAAACUUUUGAUAAGAAACGGCAUGGACACCAACGUCAGAGGAAAAUUCGGCAUAACUCCUUUGCAUGUCACUGCAAUUUAUAACAAAUAUCAGAUUAUGGAAUAUUUAAUCCAAAACGGUGCGAUUCUUUCUCUAGAGUGCACAGAAGGUAUUCUUAAAGGCUAUACACCCUUGCACGUUGCCACCGAAUUAAAUUUUCAUAAAUGUGUACGUCUGCUCAUCAAAUACGACAAUUCAACAGUAAAUCCAAAAAACCAAGAUGUCAUUCAUCCAAUACAUAUUGCAGUGAUGUUAAGACACUUUAAAGUAACUCAAAUACUGCUGCCACACAUCAACAACAUCAACGUUACUUUUAAAGAUGAAUUUUUCCCGCGAUUCUACGGUAAUCCUGACCACUGUGAAACAUAUUAUGACAACAACACUUUGUUACUCUGUGCAAUAUCCUUUACAUCAUUUAAAAUUACUAAUUUAUUAGUUAAACACGGCGCAAAUGUUCAGAUAAAAACUGCACUGGGAAAAACUGCUCUGAUAUUGGCCGCAGAAACGAGUAAUGUUUAA